UUUACCAUUGAUCGCUAUGGAGUCGUAUUCGAUUGAAGCCGCAUUACAGUUAUUCAAGAGCACUACAAAAAUGGUGCAAAAAUAAAAAACACGUUUCGCGCGCUUCGUGAACAUUUCGGUCGCAACAACCGCCCAAACGAUACAACCAUCGGUCGUCUGGUGCGUAAAUUCGAGGCAACAGGUUCUGUGGCAACUCUGCCAGGCUCUGGAAAAUCCCCGUGAGCCGAAUGGAUAUGGACGAUGUUUAUUUCCAACAAGACGGUUCAACAUGCCACACAACCAACGUCAAUAUCCAUCGAUUGCAGUCCUUCGGUGAUCGCGUGAUUUCGCGAAGAGGAAAUGUGCCAUGGCCACCAAGAUCGUGCGAUUUGACUCCCUUGGACUUCUUUUUAUGGGGAUAUUUGAAAAGCAAAGUCUACGUCAACAAACCAGAACCCUCCAAGAACUCAAAAUCAUCAUUGUCGAGAUAAAUGCCAUAGAACCAACCAUGUUGCAAAAUGUCAUUGAAAAUUUCGAUUAUCGCGUGGACGUCUGUAAAUCCAGUCGUGGUGAACAUUUGAGCGAUAUUAUUUU